UUGUCACCACGAAUUCCAUCCAAAUUCCCCUUCCCAAAGCAGCGACGGCGAGGCACAGUACUCUCUCUCUCUCUCUCUCUCUCUCUGUGUUUGUUAUUCAGAUUGGAGGCACUUUCUCUCCCCGCCCUUCAAUAAUUUCCUGGCAUCACAUCAGACCUAGCAGCUCUGCUCUGAAGACUCAUGUCAGUGCCUAACGAGGAUAAUAUGACAUCUCAUGCUCAGCUUUCAUCUCAUUUUUUGGGGGAUCUCCUUGAUUCCAUAAUUGUUGAUGUGGCAUCUGAGUGUCAUCGAGUAGCAAAAUUGGGCCUUGAUCGUAAUUUGGAAGAAGAGGAGGAAGAAUUGAGGCUGUCAGCACAAGCCCGGGUAAGGGUAGCUGAUCCUAGUAAUAGUGGUGAAGCUAAUAGCAAAUAUGUGGUUGACAUAUUUGGACAAACACAUCCUCCUGUAGCCAAUGAAGUAUUUGAGUGCAUGAAUUGUGGUCGAUCUAUCAUGGCUGGGAGAUUUGCCCCUCAUUUGGAGAAGUGCAUGGGAAAGGGUAGAAAGGCUCGACCAAAGGCAACAAGAAGUAGCACGGCUGCACAGAACCGGUAUUUGAGAGGCAGCCCUGUUCCCACAUAUUCUCCCUACUCAAAUUCCACCAGCACAAACCGGCUAUCAAACGGAACAUCCGGUGCUGCAGGCGAGGAGUACUCAAAUGGCACAUGUCCAGAGCCAUGAAACUGAUGAGCUUGUCCGGCCAACUUCAGGAUACAGGACAAUGACCAAUACCAGAUACCCGGCUGAGGAAAUGUUUUAGUUUCCAUUUUGUGGGAAUUUAUGGCUGAAUAUUCAACAUGAUUCUCUCAGUUUGGUGUGCCAUAGAAGCAUAUCUUAUGGAAGUAUAAUGAUUCAUAGUUCCUUAGAUGUUUGGACUCAACAACUGUGAAUAGCUUGUCAGCUUGUGUACCAAUAUGGUUCCAACUCCAGGAAGAGGAAGAAAGGCAAAUCGAAAUUCUUAA